AUGGUUCGCCGAGGCGGCUCUCAGGUACUCGGCGGGAUCGCGCAGCUGGAGCCUGCAGGAAGUGGAAGUGCAGAUGAUCUGAGUAUCUUAUAUUCAAACAGAGCAGCAUGUUACCUAAAAGACGGAAACUGCAGUGGCUGCAUUCAAGACUGUAACAGGGCUCUGGAACUUCAUCCAUUCUCAAUCAAGCCUCUUCUUCGACAAGCAAUGGCCUAUGAAACUUUAGAGCAGUAUCAGAAAGCUUAUGUGGAUUAUAAAACAGUGUUGCAAAUAGACUGCGGAAUCCAGAUAGCAAAUGACAGUGUUAACAGGAUAACAAAAAUGUUAAUGGCCCUGGAUGGACCAAGCUGGCGGGAGAAGCUGUCGCCCAUUCCUGCUGUGCCCACUUCCGCACCAUUGCGAGCUUGGCGGCCUGUGGCAGAGACGCCCCCAGACCAAGUGGGAGAUUCCUGCAGCCAUCACCAACCGGGCAUCACAGAUGAAAAAAUGUUUAAAACCCUUAAAGAAGAAGGAAAUCAAUGUGUAAAGGACAAAAGCUAUAAAGAUGCCCUUAGUAAAUACAGUGAAUGCUUAAAGAUUAACAACAAGGAAUGUGCCAUUUAUACAAACAGAGCCCUCUGUUACUUGAAGCUGGGCCAGUUUGAAGAGGCAAAGCAGGGCUGUGACCAGGCGCUUCAGAUAGAUCUCAGCAAUGUGACAGCAUGCUAUAGAUGAGCUCUUGCUCACAAAGGACUCAAGAAUUAUCAGAAAAGUUUAAAUGAUCUCCAUAAAGUUCUCCUACUAGACCCAAAUAUUAUUGAGGCAAAAAUGGAACUGGAAGAGGUCACCAGAAUCCUGAAUGUUCAGGAUAAUGCAGCAUCAUUCAACAAAGAAAAGGAGAGAAGGAAAAUUGAGAUUCAAGAGGUGAAUGAAGGCCGUAAAGAGGAGCCUGAAAGGACCUCGGAGGACGUCUCCACUGACUCCCGUGCUUCUGAGAAGGGGGACACAAGCAACGGGCCCCGAGAAUUCUAUGAGAAACUACCAAUCCCCAAGCCUAACAAUGCCUACGAAGUUGGCCAGGUUAUAAACGCCGUCAGUACUAGGAAAGAUAAAGAAGCCUGUGCACACCUGUUAGCCAUCACUGAACCGAAAGACUUGCCAGUGUCGUUGAGUAACAAACUUGAAGGGGAUACAUUCCUGCUCCUCAUCGAGUCUCUGAAAAAUAAUCUUAUUGAUAAAGAUCCUUCUUUGGUAUAUCAGCAUCUUUUAUAUCUGAGUAAAGCAGAAAGGUUUAAGAUGAUGUUGACACUGAUUAGCAAGGGCCAAAAGGAGCAGAUUAAACAGCUCUUUGAUGACCUCUCAGACACACCAAACAAACAUUUUACUUUAGAAGAUGUGCAGGCCCUCAAAAGGCAGUAUGAGCUUUAAAUAAAGAUUAUUGUUAGAUUUCUUCCAUGCAUGUAUAUGUUCCAGUAAUGCUAAUGAGAUGGUAUUGUAAUAGAGUUGCAUGGAUAAAAGCUGGCUUAGAAAAGAUCCCUUGGUCUGGACUAUAAGAUAUUUUACUUAUUUUUAUACAUAGAACACAUAUAUUCUACAAUCUGCUUUUUAUUAGUUGUAAAUAUUUUCUUAUGUACCAGAGCUAACAUCUUUAUAUUUAAUAAUAAGUAUAUCUGGAACUUGUUAAGAUGCAUUUUAAUUUAUAUUAUACAUUUUCUUUUAAUAACUUACUUGUUAAAAUUUUGAGUUAAAUUACACUUCUUUGGGCUAUGAAGGAGUCCUGUUAAGUUUGAUAGAAAUGUAUUUCUUUACAGUUCAUUUUUAAAAGUGAAAAUCAUUAACAGUGAUUAUUACAUCACUUUUAUUUCCUGCUAAGAUAUAUAUAAAUCCCAUUUUAUACUACUUGUGGAUUACAGGCCUCUAAGAUGAAAUGUAACACUUAAGUCUAUAAUAUGAAAUGAUUAUUAA